ACGGGCAACUACGGGAUUACGAGUUAAUAGCCAAGCCCUGACCGGUAAAAAAAAAAAAAAAAAAAAAGCCUUUAAUUCCCACAUUUCUAUUGUACCCUUAUAUUCCCCAUCGGAACAAUCACCACCGUAAACCGCCGUCAGGAAACCGGUUUACGGCGUCCCGGUGCGGAGCUAUAAAUAUGGAGCGGGAAGUGAUAGAGGCAGAAUUAGUACUACCGACUCACAUGAGAUUCAAGAAGAUUCAGAUGUAUGAUAAGUACCCUAAAGGACAAGCUAGAGGCAGGCACUGGAAACAUCUCAAGCAGAUUAUUCAAGCCGAAAAUUACGAAAAUUACCCUCCUGAAAUACCUACUUAUGUUAACAUUGAGACGCCACCUUCUAUGCAUCCAGGCAAAAGGAUAUGCGACAUAACAGGAUUUGAGGCACCAUAUUUUGACCCAAGAACUAAACUUCGUUAUGCUAAUACGGAGGUUUUCAAGGUAAUAAGGUUGCUCCCUAAUGACUAUGUUCAGAGAUACUUGGCUCUCAGAAAUGCAGCAGUUGUUUUGAAAUAGGUGCAGAACGCGGAAUAGAUAGUUGUAAAUUUAUGUGGAAAGUAGAGGACAUUUGAAGUUGCAGUUUGCAUAACUGUACUUUGACUUGUACUGAUAGAAGAAAUCAUAGCCUAGUUUUGUUAGAUCUCUUAAAACUGCUCUGGGAAUUUGCUACUGAUGAAUUGGCUCUUUGAUAUCUGGAAACUCUUCUGCUUGUCUAA